CUUACAUGUUGCUCAGGGCUCUCAUGCAGCACAAGGCUUCCAUCUAUGUGGGAAUUUGUCCUAAUAGUGCCUCACGGCAGAGUCGACAUCUUAAAGAAGAUGUCAGAAAAGAGAAGAUUGUACAUCCAAGCAAAUUAUUCAGCAGAGGAAGACCACUAAGAUGCAAAAAGUGAGUCAUUCUGUGCAGCCUUGAGGAUUAUAGAAGUUUUCUUUUCUUUCCCAGCAAGUGGAGUUGCUCAAACUUUACAAAGAAUCAGACUUUCUGCAGCUUUCUUCGAUUUCACAAAAGAUGCUGAGCACACGAACCUUCAGUUGAUCACUGCUACUAAGAACAAGGGGCUCUUCUCAGUAAUCUGUGGAAAAAAAGGUCUGAACAGCAUCAUCGAGUCCAGCGUAGCUGUUUUCUCACAUGCACACUGACACUGAACAGCUGUAGCUGGACCAUUUAGGAGCUGCAGGAUACUCCACGCCGAUGCCGACGAACUUGUUUGCAUAAAAGUGCCUCGUUCUUAGCAACUGAUGAGGAUGAGAGAUGGUGUGAUGACCUACCUGUAUUUGACAAGGGUGUUUUUCACCUCGUUGGAGAGAGGAGCAGAGAGGAAAAGAGUCAUCGAGAAGGAACAGGGGAGGGGAGAGCCGGCGAGGGAAGGUGUGAAGCUCUGAGAGGGAAACAGAACUGCACAGCUGGGAGAAGAAUUUGAGCGAACUCUGCCAGACAGAAGGAGGAAGAGAAACAAACAAAUUUGCUCUAUCUCCAUUCAAUGCUGGAGUGUUGUUUUUUGUCGGUGCCUUACAGGGAAGGCAGUUCAGUCUACAUGGGGCCUCAAAGUUAUGCUUUUUAUCUGUAACACAGAUAACACAGGACAAUGGAUCUCCAAAACAACACUUUUGGCAACAAUUCACAUGUCCAGGCUUUUGACAGCCUUUGGGAGGUCAUAGCCAUUGCCACAGUGUCUGCAAUUGUCAGCUUAAUAACUAUAGUUGGAAAUGUGCUGGUGAUGCUGUCCUUUAAAGUAAACAGCCAGCUUAAGACUGUGAAUAACUACUACCUGCUGAGUUUGGCCUUUGCCGACCUCAUCAUAGGAGUACUGUCCAUGAAUUUAUAUACCACAUAUAUUUUAAUGGGCUACUGGUCGCUGGGGAAUCAUGCAUGUGAUCUCUGGCUUGCAGUGGAUUAUGUGGCCAGCAACGCUUCAGUGAUGAACUUACUUGUUAUCAGCUUCGACAGAUACUUCUCCAUUACAAGGCCGCUGACAUAUAGGGUAAAGAGGACUCCCAAGAGAGCUGCUAUCAUGAUUGGCCUGGCGUGGCUGGUCUCCUUUGUCCUUUGGGCGCCACCCAUUCUAUGCUGGCAGUACUUUGUUGGAGAGAGAAAGGUGCCAAUGAACCAGUGCCAAAUCCAGUUUUUAACAGAGCCUGUGAUCACAUUCGGGACAGCCAUUGCUGCUUUCUACAUCCCCGUCUCUAUUAUGACCAUACUCUACUGGAGAAUCUACAAGGAGACAGAAAAACGGACAAAAGAUCUAGCAGAGCUGCAAGGGCUCACAAAAGAGAAUGUUCAAGAAGGGACUAAACCACAGAAGACCAUCAUUCAUUCUUGUUUUCAUUUUACCAGAGAGAGGAGAGACCAGAGUCAGGCAUCAUGGUCCUCAUCUAAUCAAAGUAAUGCCACCAAAACUACCACAAAGUCAGAUGAGGCAUGGGUGAAAGCAGACCAGAUCACUUCAUUUAACAGCUAUACAUCAUCAUCAGAUGAGGAGCAUCAUGUUUCAAUAGAAACACCUCAAGGAUCGUUCAAAGAGCAAGAUAGUGAACAAAGUAAUAAGAACGGGCAAGUCGCUGAUUAUACAGAAGACCAAUAUUUUUCCACUCCUCAAAAGAAGAAUCAUAAAAAGGGAAUCUCUUACAAGUUCAAACCUGGCUCAAAAGGUAAAAACAGCAAUCCAACAAGUACAAUAGCAUGCCCUCCUGAACCAGUACAGUCCAGCAAAAACGCCUCUCCCUCCUCUUCCUCCACCACCUCAAAACCAAUGGACCCUGCCCUGAAGAAGCAGAUCACCAAGAGAAAGAGGAUGGUGCUGGUGAAGGAGAAGAAAGCAGCCCAGACCCUAAGCGCAAUCCUCCUGGCCUUUAUCCUCACAUGGACACCAUACAACAUCAUGGUGCUCAUCUCCACUUUCUGUACCGAUUGCAUCCCCCCGUCCCUCUGGCACCUGGGCUACUGGCUAUGCUACGUCAACAGCACCAUCAACCCCAUGUGCUACGCUCUCUGCAACAAGACCUUCCAAAAGACCUUCCGCAUGCUUCUGCUCUGCCAGUGGAGGAGGAAGAGAGGCAAGGACAAUCUGUACUGGGGUGGACAAAACCCAAAUAUCAACAAUAAAAUAACUUAACGUGGCAACGAUUGCUUUUUAACCCGUUGAUUUAAAGUAAAGUCAGCCGUUGUGCCCAGCAUGAAGCAUGUCAUUUAUGUUAAAAUACAUGUUGCAGAAAAGUAAGCAAAGCCAGAUGAAGCACUUAAACUGGUGUUCCAGAUUAUCAAAAGAAGCAAAGCUUAUUCUGCUCAUUCAUGCACAAAAAAACUUAAGUAAAAUAAGUUCAGAUUUUUUUCAAGUUUAUCCUAAAGGGUCAUACCACUGACUUUAAUCAUCAAAGAGAAAAGCUGCUUGGCUGCUGACCUGUCUGGCAAUGUAGAGUCCCAAAAAAAUCUAAUCUCCAAUUGGAACUAGCAGCUUGAGAGUAUUAGUUUCUAUUUGCAAGAUGCACACUGAAAUCUCUGACUGUGUUGCAAAAAGAUUUUUUAGUUAAUAAGAAAAAAAUACCUUUGUUUUUGCUGCAUUAAUUAUUGUAUCCUUUCAAUCUUUGUUUGCAAUCUUACACUGAUUUUUAGUCAGCAGAUUAUUCUUUUUAUACGGUACUCACAUGCACAUACAAAUGUUAAUAUAGUUUGUUUUGCUGUUUUGUUACAUCACCCCAAUGACCUCCACCUAUGCGACAUAAACCAGUGCUGGUAUUAACAUUUUCAAGCCCUGAUUUACAAAGAUUUCAGCAUUUCUGGGCACAUAUUAUAUUCUUCUUCCUAUAGCAAAUCAUUUAUUCCUGCAUUUUCUCAUUGACUCAUUAUGUGAGUUCAAAAUUCACUUUGUUCAGCGUGAUUUUGCAGGAGGCUGCAGACAAAUCUGUAUUUGUCUGUUAAAGUAAUUUUUAUUUGUUCCUUUUCAUGAUAGCUUAGCACACUGCUUUGCUUUGCAUCCCUGUUUGUUUUUGUAAAGGCAUCUUACUGUUGACUCUUGUUUUUGCUCUGCUAAACUAGUAGAUAGAGCAACCUUGGCUACAGAAAAAAACUGACCUCAUCAUCACAUCAACCUGACAUCAAAGUUCUCCAAAUAUAUAUAUAUAUAAAUAUAUACAUACAUAUAUAUAUGGACACCUCAAAACAAGAUUUAAAUCCAAGGGAGAUGGAUCAUGUUAUACAAACAGUUCGUUUACAUAUCAAAGAGUUUAAGUUCAAGUUUGCCCAUUUUAUUAGUAGAAAGAGUAAAGCAUUGUGUUUAUAUUCUCUCAGUCCGGGUAAACAUACAGCUGGAAACUAUGACGUCAAGAAACAAGUUCAAGCAUUGUUCAUUAAGUCCUUUAUUUGGCAUUUAAAAUCAGGAGAUAAACACUAAAAGACUGGUUUAGAACACAUUGCCAUUUGGUUAGAAACAGCUAUAAUAAAGAUGUGUGUUUAUAAAUAUGCUGAUUUUUUUUUUCUUUUUCAAUUUCCUUUAAUUGAAGAGAAUCAGCUGUUUUAUUUCAUCUAGUUUUUACCCUGCAGCCUUUACUAGGGCCUCCUCAUAAUAGAGAAAAAGGUUAUUUGUCAACUAAUACCGUUGUAAAUGAUCGUAUGUGCCACAUUUCAGUUUAUUUUGUUUAUGCUGAUGAAAAGUGUAAAGCAGAGACUCCUAAUCUUCUAACUUCAUCACAGCUAAUCUAUUUUUGAUACGCCCUGGAUUACUUUUAUUUAAUCCUCACACUGUUAAAACCAAAUUUAAGUUAAAAACUGCUAAAUUAAUGAUCUCCUGCAAAUCCAGAUAUGUUUAAAUUACUCCAAUGAAAAAGAGCAACCUUGGAUCACAUCAAUUUAAUUUGUGUAGACUCCCUCUCUCCUACAGCCGAGCAAGUGUUUUCAAAGUCUGUGUGUUGCCAAGGAAACAAUGAUUUAGUCAUGGCCGUCUCAUUACGCUCUGUUUAUAGCCGUUGUUUGUUGAUGUUUUGGCAAAUUUCCACCAUUAUAAAUCUGCAGAAAUACAGUAACAGUUCCUGAUAGCAGAGGACCCAGGGAUUACCCGACUGUACAGGUGUUUCCUACAGAAAAAAACAACUCAAAAACACGAUUAUUUACACAGAGCUUUUACAUUUCAGUCCUUUUUUUAUUUUUAUUGAAUCAUUUUUUUUAUAUUUCUAAGGGGAAUUACCAAAAUUGAUUUGCAAUGAAUAUCAAAGCCUAGAGUUAAUGACUGUGUUAGUCCAAUUAAAUCCAGUUCAAUCAGGCAAAGGUAUUAGUAUCUGCUUAAAAAGAGGCAGUAAUAACAUAUUUCCCUCAACAUACUGACUGAUCAUGUAAGUAUAUUUUGAACCGAUCCGUUAAACUUCGUCUAAUCAUGCUGUACUAUAUUUUUCUAACUUACAAUGUAUAUAAAUUACAUAAAGGCUUAUACAUUUAGGAGAUAAUUUCUAUGUUUCACUGAUUAUUUUGAUUAUCUUUACACCUCACAAAUGGCAAACCUGCUUAUUGUAUAUCUGAGUGAAUGUUUCUUCUUCUGGUUCCUAUCUUGGCUCUUGCUUUGGAUAUUUGAUCUUGUGUUUAAGGGCUAAAUUGUGCAUUUAAAGCUCCUGUAGUGUAACAUUGUGAGAUUGUUUAUGGAUCACACCUUCUCAAUAUUCAUUUUAUGAUAAAAGAAAGAAAAACUUUGUACAUGUGUACAAUACUGUGCAAAAGUCUUGAGCUGCCUGUCUUUUCUCUUUGUUUCCAAGGAGACAGACUUUCUUGCAAUCUUAUAAAGUGGUCGUGAAAAACAGCUCUCACAUUUGCUGAGGGUCUUUUCACCUUUUUCAUUGGACAAUGUUUUUCACUCAUUGUCUCUCCUUGAACCAUUUUUUGAGAAAUGUAUAUUUUUUACCCAUUACAUUUUGUUGCCAACAAUAUUCAUAAAAAAAAUAAAUAAAUAUAAAUCUCCUACCACUCUUAUAAGUUUUGUGAUAAACUAAUAAUUUAACAUUUGGACUGUGGUGAUAUGAAAACGUCGUGUUGGGCUUCAGGAAAUUGAUUUAUGACACAGAAAAGAAUAACCAUUGUCUAGAGUUCUAAGAUUGCAACAGAGAAUAAUAAAACAGGUUACAAAUCAUAGAUUAAUUAUUCCUUUAGAAAACACACUACUGUGCAAAUGUAAUUUCUUUACGUAUGCUUUUAAUAUGCCAGACUUCCUUCUUUUAAAGUGGUUUUGAGAAUUUAUCAUCAGGCUUGUUGAAGGUCUUUCUGAGUUUGUCUCUGUACCUAAUAUUUGUCAGGGAAACGUAUUUCCUUAUAUAUUUAAGUUUAUUAAACACAAACAUAUGAGUCAUUCAACGAUAAAGCAGGCGCCUAACUCGAGGGAGGAACCGGUGUUGUGUCUACAGCAAACAUCUUACCAAAGAACCAGUUUUACAUCCUGUUCCAAGCACUCUGUUGCAGCAACAAAGUUUUUUUUGUUCCCAUUUCUUUAAUUGUGCCUAUGAAGAAUUCCAGCAUUAUCACAGUUUAACAAACAAAAAACGGUAUUUUUUCCUUCAGUGCUCUUAGCUGAAAGCUUGCAAAUCUCAACAUGGUGUGUAGUGUCCUAAAAUAAAAUGGAGUAAACUGGAUACAUGGACGACAAAAUAUCAUGCCAGGCCUAAAAAAGAUGAUCUGCAGCAGAUGAACAGUAUGAUGUCAUGGAGUGACAGCCGGUCCAUUGGUGUACUCUGCCUCUAGUCUGGUAGCAGGUGACACAGGCUCCACCCCCCUGACCCUGCAUUGGUAUAGGCAGAUAUAGACAAUGACUAAAUGGAUGAAUCAAGAAACUUGAUACAAGCCCUGAUAGAUGCAUCUGGACCUCUGGUUGAUCCAUCAACUGUUGAUCGAAGGUGGCUGUAAAGAAGCCAUUCUUGAGGAAGGAAAACAGGGGGACAAGGCUUAGGUAUGCCAAAAGUGAGAAGACCUGGACUAAAAAUCAGUGGUGACAGGUUUUAUGGAGUAAUGAAUCCUCCCCAGAACCCAGAAACAGUGCAGGAUCAUCACGACAGAGAAUGGAAGAAAAAGCAGCCAACAUCCAAAGCAGAGUUUUGGAAAGUCCUUCACGAAGCCUGGAGAACUGUUCCUGAAAACUCAAGAAAGCUUGUCUAAGACAGUUCAGGCUAUGUUGAACAAUAGAAGUAGUCAAAGCAAAUUAUUUUCUGUUCAUUAUAGUUGCACAAACUCUGUUUUACCUUACAUACUGUAGUUUAAUAAAUCUCUGAACAUCCUGUUUUCCUGGCAAUAUAUAAAUACAUAAAGGGUGGCUCAUGGCUUUUACACAUAACUGUCUGUAAUGUUGUAUCAUGUUGCAAUUGUAUGUCUUUUAUGGUCUCUGUAGGCUCGCUCCAUAAACGUUGUGCCUUUUGUUCUGAGAAAAUGCUUUGCAAACUAAUCUGUGGCCAUUGUG